AUGUUGAAAGCAGGAUCAUUACCUUCACCAAUUAUAACUCCAUUAUCAUCAAAUCCACUUUCAUUAAAAAAUAAAAUUGAUACACAAACUUUUAUUGAAAUUCGAUCAGAUGUUCCAAAUGUACGAAUUUAUUUUACUGUUGAUGGAUCAAAACCUGAUCCAUUUCAAAUAUUUCGAACUGGUUCGAUUUCGACUUAUCUUUAUCGUGGAGCAUUUCGUCUUGGUCUAGGAAGACGUGUACUAAAAGCAAUUGCUGUUACGAACAAUGGAUUACGUGAGAGUAAUAUUAUAACAAAAUUUCUUGAUGUAAAUGAUAAGUAUUCAGAAAAUUAUGAUGAUAGUCCAAAUGAACAUUCAGAUAAUGAUCCGAGUUUAGUAGAUAAUUAUCAAUCGAAAUUGGAUGAUGAUUUUAGUAUUCAAAGUAGUAUUGAAGGUCCAAUUUCACCUGUUAGUUAUACUGGUACACCAGUAAAUGCUUGGAGUACACCUGACGAAAAUUGGAUCGAUCCAAAUCGAAAUUCUCAAUAUGAAUAUACGAGAGAACAAAUGGCUGUACGUUUACCGCCACCACCACAGCCUCGUGUUAUGAAUACAACACAUGAAGAGGAAAAUUUUUGGGAUCGAAAAACAAAACCAUUAAGUCCAGGCAAUGGAAAUUGGAAAAAAACUCUUGAACAUCUAUUCUUAAAUAUUUAUAAUUAUGUUAAAGAUGAACGAGAAUUACGUGAACUUUUUGGUUGGAAAAUAUUUGGACGAAUUGAAACAAUUCGUCUUAUAGAUAAAGGUAAUAUUUAUCAAGUAUUAGCAACAUUUAAAAAAUCUCUUGGUGAACAAACAUUUCAUGAAGAACCACCAAUACCUAUUCGAAAACGUUCUUCAAAACGUCGAUCUACGAAACGAAUACGAACACCACCUGAUACCGACGAAGAAAAAUCCAAUCGAUAUACUCAUUCAUUAAGACCACCUGAUACUAAAGAAGAAAGGCCUACUCGACAUACUCAUUCAUUAAAACCAUCUGUUCGUCAAGAAGAAUUCACACAUGAAGAAGAAGAAGAACAGCGAACACCAAAAAUUUAUACUGAAGAAAUAGUGCAACAAGGAACACUGAUACCAUUUCCUCAUUUUAAUGUUGAACAAGAUUGUAAAAAUCUUCAUGAAUCAAUGAAAGGUGUUGGAACAGAUGAAGAUACACUUAUACAAAUACUUGGCAAUCGUAGUAAUGAUCAACGUUUAAAAAUUCGUGAUAAAUAUAAAACUAUGUUUGGUCAAGAUUUAGAGAAUGAUAUAAAAGGUGAUACAUCAGGAAAUUUUCGUAAAAUUUUAAUAAAUCUUCUCUAUUCUCCUGUUGAAUAUGAUUGUUAUGAAUUACAACGAGCUAUUAAAGGACUUGGUACAAAUGACGAAGCUUUAAUUGAAAUAUUAGCUAAUCGAUCAAAUAAACGUUUACGAGCCAUUAAUGAUCAAUAUGCAAAAUUAUUUAAUCAAUCACUUGAAAAAAAUAUUGUUAAUGAUACAAGUGGUCAUUUUAAAAAAUUAUUAAUUGCAUUAUUACAAGGUCAACGUUCAGAAUCGAAUCAAAUCAAUGAAAAUGAAAUUAAAAAUGAUGCAAAACAAUUAUAUGAAGCAGGUGAAAAGAAAUGGGGAACUGAUGAAUCAAAAUUUAUUCAAAUUCUUUGUAAUCGAAGUGAUGUACAAUUAAAAGCUGUUUUUGAAGUUUAUCAACAAUAUAGCAAAAAAGAUAUUGAAGUUGAUAUUAAAUCAGAAACAAGUGGAAGUUUAUGUAAUGGUUUAUUAACAAUUGUUCGUGUUAUGCGUAAUCGACCUGGUUUCUUUGCAUAUCAACUGAAAAAAGCACUUAAGGGUGCAGGUACUGAUGAAGAUGAAUUAAAUCGUGUAAUUAUAUCUCGUUGUGAAGUUGAUAUGAUUCAAAUAAAAGAAGAAUAUGAAAAUAUAAUGAAACGUUCAUUAGAAGAUCAUAUUCACAAUGAUACAAGUGGAGAUUAUCGAAAAAUUCUACUUGAAUUAAUUAAAGAUCCUAGUCAACGAACAAGACAAAAACCUGAAAAAACAAAAAAACAUGAAAAUGUUGAUGUAUCUGAUUAUGAACAACCUGAAAUUUAUAAAGAAGAAAUUAUUCAACAAGGAACAAUGGUAGCUGCAAAAAAUUUUGAUGCAAAUCGUGAUGCUGAUGCAUUACGAAAAGCAAUGAAAGGAUGGGGUACAGAUGAAAAAAUAUUAAUAGAUAUUUUAGGUAAUCGAAAUAUAGCUCAACGAUUAGAAAUAAAAACUGCAUUUAAAAAUAAACAUAAUCAUGAUUUAGUAUCUGAUUUAAAAUCUGAAACAUCUGGAAAUUUUUCGAAAUUACUUGAACAAUUAAUGUUAGAUCCAGUUGAACUUGAUUGUUUUGAAUUAAAACAAGCUGUUAAAGGUGCUGGAACAGAUGAAGAAGCAUUAAUUGAAAUUUUAGCAAGUCGUAGUAAUGAAAGAAUAAGAUCAAUUAAUGAAACAUAUGUUAAAAUGCAUUCAAAACCAUUAGAAAAAGAUGUUAAAUCAGAUACAAGUGGAAAUUUUCGUUUUUUACUUGUAUCACUUCUACAAGGAAAUCGACCUGAAACAACUGAAGUUAAUGUUAAUCAAGCUAAAAAAGAUGCACAAUCAUUAAUUGAUGCUGGUUCUGACAAAUUUGGAACUGAUGAAGCAAAAUUUAAUACUUUAUAUUGUAAUAGAAGUGAUUCACAGUUAAAAGUUAUAUUUAAACAAAUUGCUGAAUUAACUGGAAAAUCAAUUGAGGAAAUGGUCAAGAAAGAAACAGGAGGUGAUCUUCAAAAUGGUAUUUUAGCUGUUAUACGAUGUAUACAAAGUCGUCCACAGUUUUUUGCUGAACGAUUACAUAAUGCUAUGAAAGGUUUGGGUACAAAAGAAUCAACAUUAAAUCGAAUAAUAAUAACACGUUCAGAAAUUGAUCUUAUUCAAAUAAAAAAAACAUAUAAGAAUUUAUUUAAUCAUGAAUUAGAACAAGAUGUUAGUUCAGAUACAAGUGGAGAUUAUAAAAAAUUACUUUUAGAAAUACUUAAAGAUCCAUCUCAACGUAAUUAA